AUGACACCCACCAAAAAUUCAUCAUCAUCACAUUCCGAUCUCAAUCCUUCACCUCCUUCGAAUGUCAUUGCCUCCUCUCUUCCUCGUUCCUUUUUCAUUCACUCGAUUCUCUUUCAAAUUCUUCGCAAAGUCUUUCUCAUUUUCGUGACCAUCCUUCUCACCAUUGUGUUUUUAUUGUACAUUUUUGUCGUUCUCAAUAUUCCACAAUUAGUAUUCUUUGUAGCUCUUCACACCUUGGGAAGACUUGACUCAAGAAUUGCAUUGAAAAUUAAACAUUUAAAUAUUGGAUUGAUUGGAUUUGGUUUUUAUUGGUUUGUGUUCUUGUUAGAAGUAUUUGCAGAUGUGGAAUUGGAGUUUAGUGGAGAUGUUAUUGAAUAUGGUGAAAAUGCAUUAAUGAUGAGUAAUCAUUUGAGUAAUGUUGAUUUUUUAAUAUUGACUGCAAUUGCUUAUCGAAAAGGAAUGUUAAGUUUUUUAAAGUAUUUGGCAAAGAAGGAUUUGGUGUACAUUCCAUUUUUGGGAUUCCCUGCCAUGCUGUUAGGAGGUCAAAUCAUUUUAAAUAGAAAUUGGCAACAAGAUCAACAACAUUUACAAGAAUCUGUCAAUUCCGUUCUCAAAGAUGACAUUCCAUGUUACAUUACACUCUUUCCAGAAGGUACAAGACUUUCCGAAAAGAAUUUAAAAAAUUCCAUUCAAUUCUCGAAGGAACGAAAUUUGAGAGAACUUUCCAAAGUAGUUUAUCCUCGUGUGAAAGGACUUCGAAUGAUUUUACAAGCCAUUAAACAUCAAAAAGAAACUUGCAAGCAUACAAAAGGUGUGAAAUGGGUCUAUGAUGUGACACUCGGAUAUCCUCCCACAAGACAAUUCAUUAAGGCGUAUGAACAUUCAAAAUAUUCUUUUUUAAAUCACACUCAACCACAACGAGAACAACCACAACAACCACAACAACAACAACGUGUCUUUCCUGUGGUUCCUUUCGCGGAUUUACUUUUGAAAAAUUUGAGUGGACUCAAAAUUUGUGUGAAUAUUAAGAAAAUUGAUAUUGCGGACAUUCCAGUGGAGGAUGAGAAACAGUUCACCGAGUGGUGUUAUGAAAGAUUUUAUCGAAAGGAAGACAUGUUGAUUGAACUUGAAAAGAAUGCUUUGGAAGAAUUGGAAAAACUGUUGAAACAACAACAACACUCUCCUUCACAGAAUGAACUCUCUGCAUGUUAUUCAUUUAAGGGUGAAAAGAUUUUGAAAGAACCUUUUCAAUUCACACCUUGGUGGUAG